AUGCAGAAGAUCAAGACCUCGGAGUUCCAGAGCAGCACCAAGAUCGAGGCCUUGGUUCAGGAGAUCCAGAGGAUGCAGGAGAAGGAUCCCUCCAGCAAGGCACUCGUCUUCUCGCAGUUCACCCGCUUCCUGGAGCUCAUCGAGUGGCGGUUGAAGCGGGAGGGUGUCUCCGCUGCCACAGUGCUGGGCAGCAUGCCCAUCGUCUCACGGAACAACAUCAUCGUGUCUUUCCAGACGGAGCCCACUCUCAAGGUCCUUCUCAUCUCCCUGAAGGCUGGAGGAGAAGGCUUGAACCUGCAAGCGGCGGAUCACAUCUUUCUGAUGGAUCCAUGGUGGAAUCCUGCUGCAGAGGCCCAGGCCAUACAACGAGCCCAUCGCAUCGGCCAGACACGGCCAGUAAAGGCGACGCGCUUCGUGGCCGCCAACACAAUUGAGGAGAAGAUCAUUGAACUGCAAGAGAAGAAGCAAACGGUCUUUGAUUGCACUGUGGGCAACUCCAACCAGGUGGGCACUAGUGGGCACACGCGGCUGGCACCAAGCCAUCAAAUGGAAGUCGAAUCAUGA